CCACAACAUCCGUCCGGAUUAUGCUUGUGAUUCUACAGCUUUUAGCAAGAUUUAGACUUCUUGUCGUAUCAGUCUAGCCAACAAUCUUCACAUGCAAAAGCCGAACGGGCAAGACAAGUCGCGUUCCAAACACGACAACGCGUCACCCUCCACGGAUGAUUUCUUGUGCGGCUAGGAAGAUGCAUCGCUGCCUGCCGCUACGACGACAACAUUGAGCACGCGAAUCCAGGUCCAAGCAAAAAUGAGCUGGCGGUCAUGGCGACUCGGAAGCUCCGCGAGACAGAUUGGCACACCAGACCAGGGUGGCCUGCUGCAAGCCAGCCAAGUGCCGAUGUUGGAACUUGGCAUAAUACCAGACUAGGGUAUUAGGGUAAAACUAUAAAGGUUCGACGAACCGCAUGCUUGCGAUCUGGAGUAUAUGUGCGCAUACUGCCUCAAUGUGGUUUGCGGACUACGAGUACUGACUGACUGAUCCUCAUGUCAAGAUGAUCAAGUCGCAUGAAAACCAGGCGAGGGUCGCUCGAGAAACAUGCCAUCCUUCUUCUCAUCGACCGUAGUAGCUUCUGUAUACGAUCGAGGAUGAACGACAUUCACGACAAGACUUCGCCCAGCAGCCAAAGCUCUAGUCAUCGCUAUGACUCUGGAGUCGGCUUCGCGACUAAUGAUAUCGAAAGCGAACAGUCAGACGUCCUCAAGGAACUGAUUGAAUCUCGCUUGUCCAAAGUUGGGUCCAAUCAACAUGCUCCGAGCAUCAAUAAGGUGUCCACCCUCGACAAACCUCGAGUCUUGCCAUCACCUCGAGAUGUCGCCAAUCAGCUUGAGCUUCUACGAACUGGUGAUUGGAUAGAACGGGAUCUACACAGAUGCCUCGACCGUAGCGGACGAGAGACUUCGCCAGCUUUCUGGACAAGCAGUCCUCCUUGCCUUGCAUCCAGCCACUCAAAACUUCUCGACUUUCACUGUAUACUGUCAGAGCACGGUCUCGAGGGGCUCAUUCGCCUGUCAGAGGAUGUCGAACUUGCCAAAUGCAUUGGGAGUAUCAGCUUUGGGUCAUAUCGAUUGACAAAGCAGGCGUGGGUUGACUUCAAAAAGUGGCAUGAGGAGCUCUGUCCCACGAAGUUUCCACCAUCAGUACUCAAGAAGCAGUACUAUUUUGCUCACAGUUUGGCUCUUCUUCACCUUCUAUCUGAGGCUCUUGCCAACUUCAAAAGGCACAACGAGCAUAUCACAGUCCGUAUCUUCGAUGAGCGGCCGUUGCUUACUGAUGCUGAGUCACGACGCAAAUGCUAUGGCCUUCACUUGUAUGACGAAACCCUUCUUGAACUCUUGCCAGUGGAUUCAGGAUUCACUUUGGAAGUCAUAGCCGUCGCUGUCUGGGAUUCCGAAUAUCCCCUGCGAAGAUUGAGCCUCCAAUACGGCUUGACUACUCAACGAGGGGGAACAAGAAUGACAGAUAUUCAAGAAGUGCUUAGGUUGAACUGCUUUGAGAACAAAGGCUCAAUCUUCUUUGGAUGAAAGUUGUGGAUCGGAACAAAGGCAGGCCGGUAGGCAAUCGAUGCAGGCUCUAUGAGAUGAUUCAAACACUGUCUCGACCGAAGCCUGCAUGAAAAAAUCAGGGCAAUAUCGGGUUUUCGAUGGACACAGCUUGUACAACCAUCAACUUGUUUCGCAACUACUGCAACACAUCCAACAUGCUUGUCGACUCCUAUCAAGACCUUCUAUCGCCGUGCUAUCAUAUGCAACCACU